UCUUCCUCCUCCCUCUCUCUCUCCAUCUCUCUCUCUCUCUCUCUCUCUCUCUCUCUCUCUCUCUAAACUUUCAACCAAAAAAAAAAAACAUAAAAAGAAAUUCAGAAAUUACGUACCAAAAAUCUGAGGAAACCCUAAUGACAGAAAUGGGAAUUGAAUGAACUUGGAAAUUUAUUAAUCAUCAUCAUCAUCUCUAUCUGGAGUUGGUGGAGGAGAAUGAUUCAGACCUUGAUGGAGUAGUGUGAGUGAGGAAGGGGAGGUGUGAAAUUCUGCUGUUGGGUCUUCUUUAGGGUUUAUGUCUUCACUCUGCUUCGCUUCUGGUUUCCGGUUUGGUGGACUCGGUUGCCAUGGAUUCUCAUUCUCCUGGUGGGAAUGCCAAGACGACCGGCAAAACUGAAUCCGCUAAUUUUGCCUCCUCUUGCUCGGAUUCUCCCCCUGUCCAAGAGUCCCCCUACUCCAAUUUUCUAAACAAUCUAUCUCCACUUGAGCUCAAGAAGGCUGCAGCUGUGCCUCAGGGUUUCAUCGGAAUCAAUUCUCCCCCUCUUGUAUUUACUUCCCCGAGGAUAACCUUACCGCGUGAUGCACAUAUAUUGAAAAGGCCUCAGGUCCUUCAGUUAUCAACUGAAGAGUCACCCCAACAUAAUGUGCGUGCAAAAUCUCCUCAAGACAAGAAAUCUGAACCUGUUUUAGUCACCGAUAAUGAUGAGGAUUUUGUUGUAAAGGAUUUCGCAGAGGCUCAGCCUUCUAAUUCCCCAAUUUGCGUUGAUGGGUUCUUGGUAGAUCCCUUCAUGGUGGAUUGUGCAAAUUCCACAUGUUCGGUUGAUGCCCAUGGGAAGGAGGUAGACUCUGGUUCCCCAAGUGACAUCACACCCUUGCAGUUCAUUACCUCGGAUCAUGAGCAGAACCACGAUGCAGAUGAACAUAUAGGAAAUGCAUUGGACAGCGGUGCACCUCUGGAGAAGUCAAAAUAUGUUAUGAAGAAAAUGGAGAUUAAAGAAAAGUUGCAUGAUGGAGAGCGCUCUCCUAAUCUCAGCUCCAAUGUCAUAUCUGAUGUAUCCGUUGACCAGAUUUUGCAAAUACAACAAUGCCAAGAUUUGACUACUCGGGGUGCAGGAGGUAGCAAUGAGGACAAAUUUGACAAUGCUACAAAUUCAAUUUCUGAAUCAUUUUCCACAACUCAUGCAUAUCAAGAUUGUGACAACAAUGCAGGGGCUUCUGCAUCUUACUUUGCAAGUACACAUAAUUCUGAGAUCAUCCCAACACAGCGUGGCCUGCUUAGACGUUGUCUAUUUGAUGAAGCACGCCCAGAUAUAUCUUCAACAAGAAGUGGUUCAUAUUCAAGUAAUAUAAUGAGCUCAGUCUUGUCAGCUACUUCUGCAAAACUGGAGGGACUGAAUUUAACCCGGGCAAACUCGAGUGCAGUUUCCAUCAAAAACAAAGUACAAGAGCUAUCCAAACCCAUUGAUGCUAAUGUUCCUCCUCGUACCGGUGCAAAUUUUCCAUUAAUAGCUUCACGUCCACUGGGCAUUGGCCUGCAUUUGAAUAGUGUUGUUAGUGGUAAAAAGAUUGGUCAUAUUGCAACCUCAAGUGCAGAACCCACAGUUCAUCAUUUGAUCAUCCAAGGAACUAAGUCAACUCUUUUUGAAACAUGUCAUGUGUUGGAUAGCACAAAAAGCUGUUUACGUGUUGAGACAGUUCAAUCUAGUAAUGAAGGAAGUAAAGAUGACUCCGAUGCUUCAAUCAUUCAUUCAACCCCUACUUCUGAGUCUCCCCACGAUAGUGGAGGUCAAAAUCCGUUGAUGCCAUUGGAGCACUCUGCUGAUACAUCUGCUAAGAGGAAGCUCAGCUCAGAACAUGCCGAGAGUCAAGAUCCAAACGAUCAAAUGAGCCCUAUGAAGAGAAGGAAGAAAGAAUCAGUCACCUCUACUAGUGAUGGUUGCAAACGCUGCAAUUGUAGGAAAUCCAAAUGCUUAAAACUGUAUUGUGAAUGCUUUGCUGCAGGACUAUACUGUUCUGAACCCUGUGCAUGCCAAGGGUGCUUCAACAGACCUGAAUAUCAGGAUAAAGUUAAUUAUACACGGAAACAAAUUGAAUCCCGCAAUCCAUCCGCAUUUGCUCCAAAGAUAGUAGAAAGUGCUAACCAGUUUCUAGAAAAUGAUGUGGAAAGAGAAAACAAGCCGACACUUCCUUUGGCUAGACACAAGAGAGGGUGUAACUGCAAAAAGUCCAUGUGUCUCAAAAAAUAUUGUGAAUGCUUUCAGGCAAAUGUUGGAUGCUCGGAUAACUGUCGAUGUGAGGGAUGUAAAAAUGUCUAUGGAACCAAGCAAGGUUAUGGUUUGAGUAAACCACUGCUAAGCAAUAGAGUCAGUGAUGGAAUAUCCGGAGAGGAGAAAUUUGAGGUACUUGCAGCUGACGAUGGUUCAUUCCUCAUGGAUCUUCACAAUCCUCAUAGUCUCACACCCAUGACCCCUGCAUUUGAAUUUUCAGACCAUGGGAAAGGUCCUCCCAAAUCCCGGCUCCCUCUCCCAAAGAUCCUAUCCUCACCUGGUUCAGAUAUUACUACCUUAUUAUCUGUGGAGUCAAAACAUUCGGGAGAUGCUGAUAGCAGUAUCAUGCAAAUCAGUAGUGCAGGAACACUGGAGUCAGGGAUGAACAACUGUAUUACGGAACGUAGCUGUAGGGAAAUGGUAGAUGGGUUUUCUCCAAGACGCGAUUCCCUCCUAAAUCUAUCCCACCUGACACCUCGCCUAGCUCAUCCGGUGGUGACCAGUUCCUCCUCUUCAUCUUCAUCUUCAUCUAAAGCAAGGAAUUCUAUUUCUACACGGGGUUCACGAAUUGUACUGGUCUCUAAGAGUGGCCAAGAACCCUCGUCAUCUCGUACUUCCCUCCAAGGACGUAUUUCUCCUAUAACCCCAAUUACUGACGUGCUCCUUAAUAAUAAAUCUGGCAAAGAUCUAAACUCUAGCACAAGACACUCUGGAGUUUCAGAAGAUGAUACACCAGAAAUACUGAAGGAAGCUUCAACGCCUACGAAGUCGAUUAAUGUGAGUUCUCCUAAUAGGAAACGCGUUUCUCCUCCUCACAGUUGGGCAAGAUCAAGCUCUUCAGUGUGUUUGAAAAGUGGGCGCAAGUUUAUACUAAAGGCUGUGCCCUCUUUCCCACCCCUCACCCCUUGCAUUGACCGUGGAGGCAGCAAAAAUUCAAAUAUUACCGACAUUCAAGAUGAUAGUAGAGACAAGUGAUCCGGAAAAAAACCAGGGCACUAGGAUAUUCUUUGUGAUAUAGAUGACGUUACAUUUGCUGGAACCGUGAACCAAGAGGAUAUCUUCUAGCCAUAGCUACUGGGUCAACUCGAAUACUUUGCCCAGGUUCAGACAUCAAGACUUUUGAUAUCUCCUCUUCGUGAAUAAAUCAGUGUGAUCCCUUGAUUGAAAGCAAGGAGGCCCAUAUGAUUGGAAAAUGAAAAUUGUCUUAUGCCAAUACUUGAAUAUGGGGUGAUCCAGCCCGGACUGUAAAGAUUAGGAUAGUCAGCGAGGGUUACCUCAGCCUACAGCUAUCCCAGCAAUAACUCGAUCAUGGAUGGUAUCGAGGGAAUAAGGUGCCCGAUUUGAACCGGUCGUGCACUGAUUGGGUGAGGAUGUGCUGCUCGGAGUAUUGCCGGUAUUCGUUUAUGUUCUCUCCGCGUCAUCACAAUAUCCUCUCCGUUCAUUUCUUUUCAACGGGUUUUCCUCAUCGUGUCCCGUUGUAUACCUACCAACUUCGCCCUCUCGGGGUUUCAUACUUCCUUCCCUAUAGACUAGUAAUGAGAUCUUUCUUUGAACUUGAAAGAAGAGGAAUCGUAUACAAAUUUAUCUGAAUUUCACAUGGCUCCGUUCCCAGU